UAACGACAUUACACCUUUUUAAUUUGGGCUACAUCAAUAACGAUCGUCCUUCGGUUAUGGCGUCACUUCCAAUGUAACCACAGCAAACAAUUUUGCUAUUUUGCGCGCCUAGUGAGGUUCAAAAAAAGGUCAACAGUGUCACUGAAGAGUGUGAGGUAAAAUGUGAGGUGUAAAGAAAACCAAGAUAAGGCCUAUAAUUUGUAAAUAUUUUACAUAAUGCUUUAGUUUGCGUAAUUUUCAGUUAGGCGUUAAUGUAAAAAAAAACAUAAACAAAAAAAAAAACACGAAAAUAGUAUAAAAUAGCAAAACAAAAGCAGUCGUUCGCUUUAUUACAAAAAAAUGUGUAAUGCUAAUUUCCACAUCAUUUCAAACGUAACGGAAAUUACAGAAUUUCAGGGAAAACACGACACAAUUCUUUUAAAUGUAGCCUAUGUACACUGUUAGUGAGCAUGAGAAAAGUUCCAAUGAAGCCCCGCAAGGUAUUUUGUUUACAGAGUUUCUCUCUCCUGAAAUGAAAUGAAAAUAACCAGUUUGGCGAGCUGGAGUCCUGGAUAUGGACCUGGUGGUUGUGCUCUGUUUGCCAUGCGCGAAUCAACACGGACAAGUUUUAUAUUUAGACAUCUGCUCCAGAUGAAUCAAUAGAGACUGUACAUGCAGUAACAGCCGUGAGACUUUUCUCGCGCUCUAAACUUGCGCAGUUUUUCUCCUCUUAUGAAAUAUACGCCUGAACGGAAGGACACACGUUUGAGGAAAUGAUCGGAUCAGUUUGCAGAGAGGGCACGAGGAAUAACUUCCUCAAAUAGGAUGGUAAUGCGUGUCUUUGGAGACAUAACAGAGUGCGCGGUGCGCCUUAAGUUUCUCUGACUUUCUGCGCUUUCCGCGUUAAUUCACAAGUGCUGCGUUUUGUAUAAUUGCAUAACCGCUGGCGCAAACGAGAUAAAACUGGACCGGAUUGUAAUAUGUAGUGAUGCGCGUUGCUUUAAUGAAUCGCAAGACGCUGGACGUCACAGCCACGCGCGUUUCCGUGCCACAGGUGCGCACUAAACUUUGGUUAUUCAUUAUUGAUUAAGGGCGCAAAGAAAAGGAGGAACGCGCACAGGGUCAAAACAAUUACUCGCACUAUGGAGAUCAUGUCCAAUCAACCCACAGCAGAAGCUGGUGGCGACCACACCGCAGCGGUUUCCAUGUCUGCAGGCGUGGAGAGGGCUGAUGUGACCAGCCCGAGUCCGGUGACCAAACAGAGGUCUCUGCGGGCGGUUUAUGUGCUGAAUGAUGGACUGAAGGCAGUGGCCGCGAACAGCCCGGAAUCCGGGGCGCUCCAGUGUCUCCAGCGCGCCUGCGACGCGGAGAGUGCCAUAUUAACUACAGUGACUUUUGGACGAUUAGACUUUGGGGAGACAACGGUGCUUGAUACUUUUUAUGACGCAGACAUUGCAGUUGUGGACAUGAGUGAUGUAUUCAGACAGCCCUCCCUGUUUUAUCACCUUGGUGUGCGUGAGAGCUUUGACAUGGCCAACAAUGUCAUCCUCUACCAUGACACGGACCCUGACACUGCACAGUCCCUUAAGGACAUGGUGGCACAGAAAAACACAGCUGCAAGGCCAGUUAAAAUAGGCUUUCCAUGGGUCCAGUUGCCUCCUGAGUACAGGGGCUCCGGCCUAAGGAACAAAGCCUCCAGUGGGAACUACUAUUUCAUCCCAUACUUGAUGACACCCAACAACGAGUACUUGUGCUGUGAGAAUGUGGCCCAGCGUAGAGCAUCAGAGUACAUGCAACCCAACUGGGACAACCUUCUAGGACCUUUGUGUGUCCCAUUGGUGGACCGCUUUGUCAACUUGCUCAAAGACAUUCACGUCACGUCUUGUGCUUCAUACAAAGACACGCUCCUGAAUGACAUCCGAAAAGCUAGAGAUAAAUACCAGGGUGAGGAGCUGGCCAAGGAGCUUACCCGGAUCAAACUCCGCAUCGACAACACUGAGGUUUUGACUCAGGACAUUGUGAUGAACCUGCUUUUCUCCUACAGAGAUAUACAGGACUAUGAUGCCAUGGUUAAAUUGGUACAGACCAUUGAGAUGUUGCCCACCUGUGAUUUGGCCAUCCAGCCCAUGAUUCAGUUCCACUAUGCUUUUGCUCUCAAUAGACGAAACAGCCCUGGAGAUCGAGAGCAGGCUUUGCGUGUGAUGUUGCAGGUUCUUCAGUCAUGUGAGCACCCAGCACCUGAUAUGUUCUGCUUGUGUGGCCGUAUUUAUAAGGACAUCUUCCUCGACUCUGACUGCAAGGACACCAAGAACAGAGACAACGCCAUCCAGUGGUAUAGAAAAGGCUUUGAGCUGCAGCCCACUCUCUAUUCAGGCAUUAAUCUGGCAGUGCUGCUUAUAGUAUCCGGACAGCAGUUUGAGACUUCCAUAGAACUCAGGAAGAUCGGUGUGAGGUUGAACAGUCUGCUUGGCCGUAAAGGCAGUCUGGAGAAGAUGAAUAACUACUGGGAUGUGGGGCAGUUCUUUACUGUUGGUAUGCUUGCCAAUGACAUCCCCAAAGCUGUCCAGGCCGCAGAGAAACUCUUCAAACUCAAACCACCCAUAUGGUACCUGCGAUCAGUCGUCCAAAACCUUCAGUUGAUUCAGCAUUUUAAGAAGCAGAACACUGAGCAUUCUCCUCAAAGAGAGAGACUCAACUUCUGGAUGGACAUUAUCGUGGAGGCCACACAGGGAACCACAAAUGGCCUCCGUUUUCCGGUGUUGAUUCUGGAGCCGACUAAAGUGUACCAACCCUCGUACGUGUCCAUUAACAGUGAAGCUGAAGAGAAGAAUGUUUCAAUAUGGCACGUGUCCCCUUCUGAGACGAAGGGAAUACAUGAGUGGAACUUCACAGCAUUAUCCAUCAAAGGCAUAAGCAUCUCAAAAUUUGAUGAGCGCUGCUGCUUUUUGUAUGUCCAUGAUAACUCGGAUGACUUCCAGAUCUACUUCUCCACAGAGGACCAGUGUGGCAGAUUCUGCUCCAUGGUGAAGGAAUUGAUCACAGACGGAUCAGGAAAUGCGGUCGAGCUGGAGGGGGAGGGAGACGGGGACACACUGGAGUACGAGUACGACUACAAUGAAAAUGGCGACAGGGUGGUUCUAGGUAGGGGAACUUACGGAGUGGUCUACGCAGGGAGAGACCUGAGUAACCAGGUGCGCAUUGCCAUCAAAGAGAUUCCAGAGAGAGAUAGCAGGUAUUCCCAACCACUGCAUGAGGAAAUAGCCCUCCACAAGUACCUGAAACACAGGAACAUUGUUCAGUACCUGGGCUCUGUGUCAGAGGAUGGCUAUAUCAAGAUCUUCAUGGAACAGGUCCCUGGAGGAAGUCUGUCAGCGUUGUUACGUUCAAAGUGGGGUCCUCUUAAAGAAGCCACCAUCAUCUUCUACACUCGGCAGAUCUUGGAAGGACUUCGUUAUUUGCAUGAGAACCAAAUCGUUCAUCGGGACAUCAAGGGAGACAAUGUCUUAGUCAACACCUACAGUGGCGUGUUGAAAAUCUCAGACUUCGGCACGUCCAAGAGGCUGGCUGGAGUCAAUCCCUGCACAGAGACGUUUACUGGCACGUUGCAGUACAUGGCCCCAGAGAUCAUCGAUAAAGGCCCUAGAGGUUACGGGGCACCUGCUGAUAUCUGGUCCCUGGGCUGCACCAUCAUAGAGAUGGCGACAGGCAAACCUCCUUUCCAUGAGCUGGGAGAGCCACAGGCUGCCAUGUUCAAGGUGGGCAUGUUUAAGAUCCAUCCGGAGAUCCCAGAGUCUCUUUCGUCAGAGGCCAAAUCCUUCAUCCUUUCCUGCUUUGAGCCUGACCCAAAUAAACGAGCGACGGCCGGGGACCUGCUCAAGGAUCUGUUCCUGCGUCAAAACAUCAAAGGCAAAAAGAACAAGAUCGCUUUCAAACCCUCAGUGUGGCAAGACUACAUCCGCAGUGUUUCGUUACCAGUACAGCUGCAGACGGAGGCCACGGGGAGCAGCAGCAGUGAACCGGGCUCUGUGUCUCCAGACUGCGACUCCAAACAAGAUGUGUUUUUCGAGAAGAAAAAACGCUCUAGCUCCGAGAACCUCAUCAAACCGCCCAGCUCAAACUUCCUCAGUGUUCCAGAUGAGAGUCCGACAGCAGAAGACCGCAGCUCUCCAGCCUCCUCUGAGAACAGCGACUCCGGCCUCUUCCUGCUGAAGAAAGACAGUGAAAGACGCGCCAUACUCUACAAGGUCCUCAAUGAGGACCAGGAUAAAGUGACCUCCAACCUCAUGGAGAACCACAUUCAGGGUCAGGAGGAGCUGAAGUUGUCAGUGGACCACAUCAAACAGAUCAUCUGCAUCUUACGGGACUUUAUACGUUGCCCUGAGCGACGCGUCAUGGCAACCACCAUAUCCAAACUCAAAUUGGACCUGGACUUUGACAGCACGUCAAUCAACCAGAUCCAACUUGUUCUGUUUGGAUUCCAGGAUUCUGUGAAUAAAGUUUUGAGGAACCACCACAUUAAACCCCACUGGAUGUUUGCCAUGGACAACAUCAUCAGACGGGCUGUGCAGGCAGCGGUUACCAUUUUAAUUCCAGAGUUGCAGACACAUUUCGGGCCUGCAUCGGAAAGUGAGGGCGCAGAUAAAGAUGCAGAUGAAGUAGAUGAAGAGGAUGAUGGAGAGUUUGGAUCAGUGGCACGCACGACGCAGGAAGAUCAAGCCCUCACAUCUGGAGUCAGCACCCUGAGUUCAGUCAUAUCCCAUGAGGCUCAGCGGCCACAGCACCCGCUGGGAGCCCAGCUGGGACGCCUCAAACAGGAAACUAGCAGGCUGCUUGAAGAACUGGUACAGAAAGAGAGGGAGUAUCAGCAGGUACUGAGACAAACUCUCCAACAGCGGGUACACGACAUCGAGCUUAUCAGGAUCAGACAGCAGUCUGCUGCAGAGACACCAUCCACCCCCUCUAUAUUUCACAUUGCCCCACAGCCCGAGCCUGACAAGAAGCUCACCGAUUGGCUGAAAGAGCAGGGUGCCGACUCCGAGACCGUAGAAAAGUUUGUUGUAGAAGAUUACACACUCAAUGACAUUCUCUACGAUGUGACUAAAGAAGACCUUCGCUGCCUCAGGCUUAGGGGAGGAGUGCUGUGUCGUAUCUGGAAAGCCAUUCAGAGACACCGAAACAAAGGGCUUAGAAAGGUCAAUAAUGAUGAGGGAAAUUCAGAAGGAUGAAGUCAGCAGGAAGCUGAUGAAAAUGGACACCUGGGCCAGCAAAAUGCAUCAUAAAACACUUCCCUAUAACGAGAGACUUGUAAUUAUGUUAUGCUCUCUCGUGGUUGGACAUGUUUGCUUGUCUUUCAGCUAGGACCUAAUGUUUUUGUGGUAUUUUUUGUAUAUGUUUUUAGCCUCUCCAAGAUUUACAUCUAAUUUCCAUUGAAUUUCAAUAGGAAAACCCAUGCGGAUAAAACGGCUCAAUCUAGGAAAGACUGUACUUUCCGCUUUUUACAGAGCGGUGUUUCCUGUAACAGAAAGCCCCUCUCCAAGUGACUUGGGAAUGGGCCUAGAACGGCAGAGGAGAGAAUGUUACCUACUUGUGUAGGACUUCAGAUCAUGCCAUUUUAAAGAUUUAGGUUUUUAUUUGUUUUAGCGUUACAAGUCUGGAAAAUGUGUUGAGUUCAUUCUAAAAUACUGUAUUACGUGACAUAUUUUUUUGAGGGACUGUAUGGACAAAAUGACCCCAGACCUCUCGGACCAGGGCUAAAGAGCCUCUUUUAGAUGUAUUAUAAUACAUUUGGAUGCAGUUACCCCAGUACGAAGAUAAAUACUUAAACAUUAUCUCGUUGAACUUGAUACUUACCUGUACUUCAACCGUCACUCGACUUUCAUUUUUUAUAAAAAUGUGUGCAAGACCAAUCUUGCAGAAGGCCAACCCUGUGGCUUACUUAAACUACAAUCCGCGUUCCACAAACAUGUAUCCUAUUUCUUAAGAAUGAUGAGACCUGUCGUGUCAGUAGUUGUUCAUAUUCAGCCUUCAUGUAGUCUGUUACAGCGCUGAACACCAUGACCUGAAGAUGCAAUGAAUCAAAACGGCAAACUUGUUUGUCAUGGAUUGACACAUUCUUAUGUUUAUUUGUUCAUCUUUUGUUUUGUUUUAUAUCUCAGAUGUCGUGUUUGAAUGUUGAUCUGUUGUGUGGGAACGGUAGCGCUUGAGCACCAACUUUCCAUCUAAACUAUUUAAAUUAUUUCUUUACUGUUUGCUUUGAAAGUGAUGUGAUGAUGAAUGAUGCCUUUCUCUGACUUAUCAAAAUGAUUUGUAAACUGGAUAUUCAGGCUGUGUCUGAGACAAAAUGCCAACUGCAAGACUCUUCAGGUGAAUAAAAUUCAGAUGUGCAGCUGAGCAACUGUAAUGUCUGAACACAGCAAAUUGUUUUUCCAUUAAAUGUAACGUCACAGUUAUUAGACAAAGCAAGUCAUUUGACUGCCUCCAGACAUUUAGCAUAGUUUGGAAACUAAGCUAUGGAAAAUGUUGCAAUCGCUGGGAACAUUCUAAAAAUAGAAAUCCAUGCAUGUAACAUCAAUAAAUUUAAGAGUUCUUUUAAAAGACUAUAAAAUUAAUUGAAAAGUCUGAUUUUAUGAGGAAAGAAAACAUUGUUAUUGUAAGAUUUCCUGUUCUGCAUUGUGUAAAUUUAAGGAAAAUAUCAGGUAUCCCUGUGGUGGUGGUGGUGUUUUUUUAUUUUUUUUUUUUUAUGUCAGUGACACAAAUACACUUUUUGCAUAAUUUUGCAUAUUCAUCCUCAACUGCUCUCUGGAACAUGUCAUGUUUUGGAAAACAAAUCAAAUUUGAACAUAUUCAGAUGAUCUGUUUUUCAGUUCUCAAUCAAAAUGUCAGAUACUAAAGAUAAAGCUAAUCUUUGGAAUUACAACCAUUCAUUGGCAUUAGACAACAACAAAAAAGUCAAGUUCAACUUAAUUCAGUCCCAAUUUCUUUUCCACACAACCACAGUCUGCAAAACUGUAAAAACAAAGUACUAUAAGAAUAUUCUAAAUGUUUUUUUUUUUAUUAUUUUUUUAAUAAAUCAAACUGAUUUGCUGACUGUACAGAGGAAUAUUUUCAGUAAAAAAAAAAGACUUAAAUUUCCUCCUAGGCCACACAAUGCUAUCAUAUGACUUGGAAGCCUUCGUACACGCGUCAUGUAGGCUAUUCUUAUGAUUGUAUGUUGUUCUGGCUUUGGCUUUGAGUUUAAGAGAUAGGUCUAUUUUCCAUACAGUGACACUAUGUAUGUGCAGAUUACUGGCAUGUAACUUUUCAGAAACGUAUUUGUACCAUGGUGGAUUAAAAGUAUAUGUGUUUGGAAUGUGA